UCUCACGUUUUGCGCCAUAUAGCAUUUCUCUGAACAAAACCCCAAAACCCAAACCCUUGUUGAGCAAAUUCAAGAAAUCUCAUAGCUCUCUCUGAAAUUUGCUAAAGAUCACUAUGGUUGAAGAAGCUCCUACUGCAUCUGAGACUUCCGUUACAAUGCCUCAAACUGUGGAAACUGUAACGGUCGUCGAGGAAACCCUAAUCCAUGGUGACAAGAACGGAAUCACUGUCAACACUACAGUGGAGUCCACCACCGUGUCGGAAACUUCUGUUCUGGCGACCGGUAGUGAUGGUCAGAAGUCUCUGGACAUGGCUGUUGAGUUGAUGGAUAAGGGAAACAAGGCCAUGAAAGAGAACGAUUUUGGUGAGGCAGCUGAUAACUAUAGCCGUGCUCUCGAGAUCAGAGUGGCCCAUUAUGGUGAACUUGCUCCUGAGUGUGUCCACACAUACUACAAGUAUGGCUGUGCACUGCUUUACAAGGCUCAGGAGGAAGCCGAUCCUUUGGGUGCUGUUCCCAAGAAACAGGACGGGUCGCAACAUGGCUCCAAUAAAGAAGGACCUGUGAAGAGUGCUGUGAAUGCUGAAUCCUCCACUGCAUCUUUUCCAAGCAAUGUUGAGCAGGAUGUGACUUCAAAUAACCAGGAGUCAGAAGUGAAUAAUGUGUCUGGUAAGAAAGACCAGCAAGACGAUGAGGAUAGUGACGCCGAAGGCUCGGCAGAAGGUGACGAAGAUGAGUCUGACUUGGACUUGGCUUGGAAAAUGCUUGAUAUUGCUAGAGCCAUUGUUGAAAAGCAAUCUGUCAAUACUAUGGAACAAGUAGAUAUAUUGUCAACAUUGGCAGAUGUUGCUUUGGAAAGAGAGGAUUUUGAAACAUCUCUCUCUGAUUACCAGAAGGCACUAUCCAUCUUAGAACAGUUGGUGGAACCUGAUGAUAGAAAUAUUGCUGACUUAAAUUUCCGUAUAUGCUUGUGUUUGGAGGUUGGUUCUAGGCCUGAAGAAGCUAUUGCUUAUUUAGAGAAGGCUACAUCUGUUUGUAAGGCACGUUUACUUCGUCUCACAAAUGAAGUAAAGAGUUUUUCAGAUUCUACAUCUCCUGCAUCCAAGUUAGAGCGGGAUGAACAAACAUGCCCUGGAUCUGAGUCUAAAAUCUCAAUUGUGGAUAAACAAGCAGAAAUUGAAACUCUCACAGGUCUCUCAAGUGAGCUGGAAAAGAAGCUUGAUGAUCUACAACAGUUAAUCUCAAACCCAAAAUCAAUUCUCGCUGAGAUUCUAGGAAUAGCAGCUGCCAAGGCAGGCAAUGGAAAGGAACCAUCUCAAGGAAGAGUGAGCUCUACACAGUUGGCUACUGCCCACAGCAGUGGAGGUUUUGACUCCCCAACCUUUUCAACCGCUCACACCAAUGGAUCUGCUGGAGUCACACACCUUGGCGUGGUAGGAAGAGGAGUUAAGCGAUCAUCAAAUGCAAGUGUGGCAGAAGCUGGCAUACCAAAGAAACCAGCAUUAGAAACAACCGAAGACAAAGGCGAUGGUGGCAACGCAUGAUGUAUACUGGUCUCAGCUCUGUUGUAUGGAGUGCACUGUCUGAACACUGAAUGCCACCAUACAGUUUGGUGACUCUUUGAAUUAUGGAUCGGACAAAUUCUUGCAAGUUCCAUGAUUGACUGAUUUCAGGAAAGUGUUAUGCCGUAUUUUUCAUUACUGUAGGUUGAUGUGCAGCUCUAACUGAUUUCGGCACAUGUUUCUAAAGACUGAAAUGUUUCACCCUCAAAAACUUGUAAUCACUGUCCCCAUUAUAUGCAUGUUCGAUUAGGGUUAGUUUGGUGAAAAAGGGGAGGGAUUGAAAUGAAUUUUAAACGGAGGAAAGAGGGAAAAUGUGGGAGUUGAGGGAUUUUAAAAUGUUC